CAUGUUAAAAAUCGAUUUUUUUUGUUUAUGUGUGCACAAAGGCUCGCGUGUAGUUUUCGCUUCACCCCUCUUUAGUACGCCGCGUGGUUGGUUUUAUUCAGAAUGCCACCGCCACCGUCAUGCCGAGCCAAGCCGGGUACGAAAUGUUUUUGUUGGUAGACCGAUACCGAGAGCGAGAAUUGAGCGCUGUGCUGCUUGCUCUACGCCUUCGGUUGAGGUUGAGGGGAGGUGUAGUGUGGUGUGUGCGUUGUACGAUGCGCUGGCGUUUCUGUCUGUACCUUAUACCUACUCUGUGGCGUGAUAUUUCCGCAGAGUAUGAUUCAUUCGAUUUGAGCAAUUCACUAUUCAGUUGUGUUUGAAACUUGAAACUCAGUUGACAGUGUUUUUGUGAUUUGUAUUGUUUUUCGCUCCUAAAAGUUUUGAUAUUGUAAGUUUAAUCAUACGCGUUUUACAGCCGAGUGAAAUAAUGUACAACGAAGGAUUUGAAGGACCUAUACAGUAUGAUAAGACAACGUGUAUUGAUCCGUUUACCCUGAUAAACGAAGUAAAAAAAUAUCCAGCUUUGUACAACAAACAUUCGCCUGAUUACGAAAAUACGCUUACGAAGGACCAGAUUUGGGAGUCCAUACACGCUGUUCUCUUUCCAAACUACGAGGACUUGAGCGAAGAGAUAAGGGAAACAAUAAAAAUUACUGUUCGUAAACGUUGGAAGUCUUUACGUGAUGCCUUAGUGAAAGAUCAUCGAUUGCGAAAGGACGAUCCCGCAUAUAAAAUGAAGAGAAUGAGUCCGGCGGUGAAAGCGAUGCAGUUUAUAACUCCUUACAUUAAAUAUCCACGAAAACACACCGACAGCAUCGAUGGAAACCAUUCGCCAGACUUUUGCAAACUUUUAAAUGAUUCAACUAUUGAUUUAACAUAUCAAGAAGAUCAUGAAGACUCUUAUGUCCAAAUUGACGAUGAAGAAAUGGCCAACAAUGAAGCACUCUAUCCCUCAGUACAUCUUACAACAUCCGAAGCUGGAUCUGAAGAUGUCGAAUGGAAAGAUGGAAUUUGUGUGUCAGCUACUGAUGCAUACAAUAAUGCAACAUUGAAAUAUACUAUUCGUGAAGUUGAAGAACCCGACACAGGAGCAGAAGCAGAAACAACUGACGAAGAAACAAAAUCUUUCCAUAAGAGAAAACGCACCCACUCCGAAGAAGAUUUACAUUCAAAGCUAAACGAGUUAAUUGAUCGUUGCAACGAAGAAUCUCAUGAUGAGGAUCGAAUGUUUUUGUUGUCACUUUUAUCUGACUUUAAAAGAGUUCCAGUUCAAAAGAAACUUAAAGUCAAAUCGGCUUUUGUAAAAGCUCUGUAUGAAGCUUUGGACUGACGACGAACACGAAACUCAUAGUAUAUACUUUAGUUUUUAAGAAAAGUUUAAUGUAUGAAUGUAAUAUAUUAGUGAUUUAUCAUUUUUUCCUUAAGGGUUGUAAGAUUUAAAAUUUUAAAGAAGUAUAAUAAUAAGAACCUAUAUUUAUAUUUAUUUAUUUAAAAACUUAUACAUAAUGCAACCAUAUUAAUAAAUUGUCAAACAGGAAACAUAAGUUUUGCUGUAUAAUGGGAUAUUAUUGAACAUUUCACUCAUGUUAAAUUAUUUUCAUAGACAAAAUUUUCAAAAUUUUAAUUUUCCAAUUCCAAAGAAAUAAACCAAAAAUAAUAAUAUUUUUUUUUAAUUCGAUUAAAAUGUAUGUAAG